CGCGCAGGAAGCGAGGAGGAGGAGGAGGAGGACGCCGCCGUUGGCCAGCCGGUUAAACGUGGCUGAAUCUGAAGGAGGAAGAGGUUCUCUCUAUGACCUCAUGGUGGACCACAAUGCUGUGCAGCCUUUGUUUCAAACCUUUAGAAAUGGAUGAGCCACCAGAAGGAAUCACAUGAAGACGGCGCCUAGCAGAGCGGCAGUGGGCGGUGGAGAGAGCAGCCAUUAUCUGCCGAUGGACAUGGCUACAGGCUCAAGUUUCAGACUUGGAGUACCGCAUAAGGCAGCAAACAGAUGUUUACAAGCAACUUCGUGCAAACAAGGGUCCAGUUGUCUUGGAUGACCUCCAGCGUGGCAAUACAAUGAAGCAACAGAGUCAACAAAGUUCUGCAGCAGUGAUGAAUUCUAGGAAACACCUGAAGGUGCCUGUUGGAGACAAGCCGUGUCAGUUGUCUCCCUGCAUCCCUUCCUACCUCCUGCAAAAUGCAGAGAAACAGAAUUCUCACCUUGCACAGUCUUUCAGAAACCUUGUGUGUCGAAAUCCCUCAUGUACAUCCAUCAAUGGGUCUCCAGAGCCCCCCAAAGCCUGCAAACCACCUCCCCAAGUCAACGGAAUAAGUAACUGUUUCAGCACAGGCUCCACUAGCAACUCCCAGGAUGGUGGUGUGAAUGCUGACAGGAUCCUCAGGAAACCAAAGCAACUGAAGAACAGCCUGCCUGCUGCCACUGCCGCCACCGCUGCCUUUGAUACCAGCUGUGUUGCUGCAAGAAUUCGUCCAAUUUGCAGAUACAGGAAACGCAGGCUGGUGAGAGUUAGCGCAGUCUCUCACCUCAGUAGAAAGCUUCAGCGACCCCUCAGCCUGAAGUGCAACUGUGAGCAUCCCAAUUCCUGCAUCUUGUGUGACUGUAAGGCCCCUGUCCAGACCAUAAACCCAGAGAUGAUGUCUUUACAGGAGCGGGUGGCUCUGCUGGACUCUGGCUUCCAUCCCAUACUAUCUUUUUCUCAUGGCAGCCCUCUUCAUUUGCACUUUGAAGCCCUGCUAAGAGAGGACCACAGACUCUACCACAGGAUCAAGAAUCCCAAAGCCCUCCAUUGUGGGUUGAAAGACCUUACAAACAACAUUGGCUCGUCUCCUUUCUCUGCUUCUGACUCUCCACUGAAAGGAUCAGCUGGUCACCCUCAGAGCCACAAGCCUAGUGCUCUGCGUUCAGUCUCAUCGCUGUGCCUAGAAAACACUCCCGCCCCCCCACACUCCCCGGCUGCUGGCAGCUCAGCAUUGCAACCGGCAAAGAAGAAGAAAGUGGAGUGUUGCUACGAUAUCAACAAUAUAGUGAUUCCUGUGUCAAUGGCUGCAGCUACGCGGGUUGAGAAAUUGCAGUAUAAGGAGAUUAUAACCCCAAGCUGGAGGGUGGUAAAUACUGAAGACCUGAAGAAUUUCGGGGAAAUAGACUCAGAGCUGGAAGAUACCUCUGAUGAGACGUAUCUGAACCACCACCAGAAAUAUGAACAGCUGGAACGGUCUCAUUGGGAUUCCUGGGCAGGAACCAUUCCCCACAAGCGAGGGAACAGGAGUGCCAGCAAACCAGAGGGCCAAUGGAUGGCUCCACCAGGCUCCCCAGAGGCCACCUCGCCUACCCUUAACCACACCCCACGUGCAAGCUCUCCUGCCGGAUCUCUCAGCCCAGAGCUUCCGAGUGUUGCGAAGCCACUGCUUCUGAAGGGCCGAGGGAGAGGAAGCCUCUCCUUGCGGGAAGACACCUGUUUCUUCCUCUCAGAGAUGGAGGAUGAUAUCCAGAAUGUGCAGCCCUGGGAGCCCCGGACGUUCCCUCUCUCCGACGCAGAGUGCCAAGCGCUUCAGGGCCCGUGCGAAGUCCUCAGCAAGCGGACAAGCGCUCUCCUGCAGUGGGACUCUGGAAGCUAUCAGGGCUUGAGGACUAACCGUGUGAACUCGGGCGCUUCUCAUGCAAGGGAGCUCUCGAUGCGUCGUUGGCCAGUGGAGGCAGACAGAAGCAAGCUGCAAAAGGAAUUUGUCGGUCAGCCCGGCAUCCUGCCGGUGCUCCUCAACAAUAGAUGAGCGCUUGGGCCCCCGAUAACAUCUGGUAGAGUUGUGCCCAUACUGGAUAGCUUGGUAUCGCUGAGCUUGGCUAGUGAGCUGGCCUGGCAAAGCAGUGGCGGCUGCGCCAGCAGCUGCAGGAAAGCGCUGCCGCCCACAAAGCAGAGAUCCCGCUGUGCAUUUGGAGCUCCUGCUCCACUAGACCAGCAAGGGCUGGAGAGGGCAAUAGAGGUGCUGGGUUUCCCUAGAGUGGGAAGAGGGGGCCGUCCAGAAAAGCCCCUGGCAAGCCCAUUCUGGGAGGGAGAACCCAAAAUGCUCCACUGGCGAGAAGGUUAGGGGCGGCGGCUCUGCGCGCAGAGCAUCCCAGGGUAACCCAGAAAGGGAGCAGUGAAGCAGCGGGAAGGUGGCCCACGUGGGGGGCAGGCGGGCUGAGCGGUUUCGAUGUGGAGGCCUGCUAACCCAGGCAGCACUUCUUGGAAAGGACACCCAUCCAAUGGGACGUCUCCUCCCCCCCCCUCACCAAGGUUUUUUUUUGCCAGACAGUAGGUGGAAAUAUUGACAGUGGGAACUUGCUCACACAGAUGACAGACACGCUUGGUCCCAGAGGCACGAAGGCUGUGGACAUAUUUGCUGGGAAGGAGCGCUGGUGUUCUACACAUGGGCACUGAAGAAAUGCAAGCAGUGGAAGAUGGGCUUGUCCCUACUAACUGUGUAUGUUUAAAGGUAGUUUGGAAGGCAACCAUAUUCUAACGUACAAAUCCUAUUCUCUUGGCCUUCCGGACAUGCUGUUGUCGCUGAAAAUGACGUCAGAUCAUGAUAACCUAGGAGGGGUUUUUUUUGUCUUGGUUUUACAUUUCUGCCAUAGAAGCUGUAAAUUGUGUUCCUUUUUAGAUGUUCUCAUUUAUCUCCCCAAUAAAAUAAAACUGAUGGGGUGGUUGGUACGGGCCUUCCAGUGGCAAUUUGUGUCUUUAUCAGGGGCAGGAUUCAGUAUAAACAAAUGCCUGGGGGAGCAUGUGCUUUUGUCUCCCUCCUCCCCUUUUGUGCAUCUGCCUUCGUUGGGAAUAGUAUUGCUAAUCUUUUUCCUUUUUUUAAAUCUUGAAUUGAAACCACCUUAAAACUUAACAGAAAUACUCUGUGUUAAGUUUGAUUUUAUAAUUAGUGCCACAGCAGGCUUAUUUUUUUCUCGCAAAGAGAAGUUGAACCUAUGUGCGAAGUCCACAUUUUUGUGGAAUGUAACUGCUCAGGAACCAGCUUCCAUUUGCAGUUUUGAGUACUGCAUCUGGCGAGUAAAGAUUUACAGAGAGGAAUGCAGAAGGCCAUUUGGGCAUUGUUUCUGUACUCUUUUUUUUUUCUUUAAUUGCAGUCAAAGCUGGACAGUUUUCCUUAAAAUGUUUCAAGGAAAUUGUGCUUGGGUCUCUGGUAACAGCUGUGAGAAUAAUGACUGCCUCUCAGCUGCCCAGCUAGUGUUCGAUGAAGCUACGAGAUGAAUAAAUUGUGGCUGUUUCGCUGUCUGCCAGGGACACCGAGAGUGCCCCUUCAGUGUUAGCCAGGAUCACUGGGCAUUUAUGUUUCAAAAAGAAGCUAGGAAGAGUUUUUUCUAUUUGAAAGGGGAGGGUUUCUUGUUACUAAUUAGUGUAGAAUCCAUUGACCAUCCAGCCAGUUAAAUUUAUAUUCCUUCAAGAUUUGCCUCGUUUGCAUUUCAUUGGACUCCCUCCUCCCCCCCCCCAUCUUUCCUAGAGGAUUCAACAUUCAAGGCUAAGGAGGAUGGUUUUUAGUUAAAGCAAUCCCAUCUUGCCACCUGGAUAGAAACAGCUGAUGACUGAGCCAUGUCUUUCCAUAUCAUUCUUUAUCGGGCUUUCUUCACAGGGAGAUUGGGGAAGUUAACCUCAGUGUCAUGACACUGAUUCUAAGCUACUUAAGUAAGAGUUACAUGAGAGGUGUGUGUGUGUGGGAGUGGGAGAAACAACAGUAUGAAUAGCAUCUGUAGGCAACUAGCAAACAAACAGAAGUUUAGAGCAAUUAGAUAUUGAACUUAGACUGGCAAGCACCUCGAGACAAUUAUCUGUCCGUCUGAAAAGGCUUUCAGAAAUGAGAGUUCGUAAUACUGUAUUCACAUCCAUCUGAUCGUACUUGCAUUUUUAAAACAAAUGGAAAGUAGGUAAAGAAACAGAGCAUUUGCGAGGCCAACAUGGUCUGCUUGGAACACAUUCUGAGUAAUUGUUUAUGCUGACUUUCUUUAGUUUUUACAUUUUUAUACUUUCUACCUGAUGAUGACUUCUAAUAAUGACUUGAGUCAGGGAAGGCUCAUUUCCAGAAAUUACUUUAAUGCAUGUUUUUCAAACCUCCUGUGAAGAAGAAAAAUAAACAAACUAGUGAUUCAUAGGA